CCAGAGCAAGGAAAAGAAUAUCCACCCAAUCAGUGUUCUUUUUCCCUUCUCUCUGGAGUUACCUGCCUAUGCUGCGUAGCGUCGAGCUGCUUCUCUUUAAGCUCCAAAGGGAGUGUUUCUUCGCUAAAUGCUCAAUUUCUUCAGACCCAUCACAGUCUUUUCCCAUUUCAUGUCUUCAAUCGACGCCUUUCUUUCCUCUGCUCCUUGUUGUUCAGAGUGGAAGUGGUCUCAAACCCUAAAUCUUCUCCAUAUCCUCUUUAUAUUUUUGCUUUCCCUUUUUGCUCCUUUCUCUUUCCACUCCCAAAACGAAGAUUAUUAUAAAUCGAGGUUGGGUUUUUUACGCUCUGUGGAUUCUACAGCUCUGGUUUUUACACGCCAUGAGUGACAACAAGGUCCUAGUAUUUGGGUCAUUCACUGAAGAUGAAACCAGGUCAUGGCUGCAAAAGCCAUCAUCUGACUCUGAGAAAGAUGAAAAACCCUUGGAAAAGAAAGAAUUGCAAUUUGGUUCUUUGAAUUUUGCAACUGCAAUAACUUUUGGUGAUUUUAAUAGUGAAUCAAGCAGGCAACUGGGUUCUGCAAAUGGAAAAGUCAGUUUUCAGACUAAAAGUCCACUUAAGAAGGAAAAGGAUGUGAAGAUUGCACAAAAAGAACAUAAUUUGCCUGGGGUGCUGGGAAGUCCAAAACAAAAUGGAAGCAUUAACGAUUUCUCCCGUGGCAAUGCCAUCACUAAUGGUGUGAAGAACUUAAAUGGGGAGAGUGUAGAUAUGACUUCUUUGCAUUUAUCCAAGAACGAAGGCAGUUCCAGAAAUCAAUCACAAAGCUCAAACUUUGAUGUCCUUGAUUGUGAGAAUGUAAAUGAUGGGAAUUCUGAGGAUGGUGACAAUGAUUCACUCGUACAUGUGAAGAGGGAGGAAAUUUGGAAGCCAACUGAUGGGCCUGUUGCAGCAGUUAAAAAUUUACUACCUCGUGGCUUAAUUAACUCGGGAAAUUUAUGCUUUCUUAAUGCGUCUCUGCAGGCUCUCUUAUCCUGUUCCCCAUUUGUUCAGCUUUUGCAGGAUCUUAGAGUCCGCAACAUCCCAAAGGUUGGCUUUCCGACGCUAACUGCAUUUGUGGAGUUUGUUUCUAACUUUGACGUGCCAAGCAGUUCCAGAUUGAAAAAGGACAUGGCUGCAGUUGAGACUGGUUGGCCUUUUAGCCCAGCCAUGUUUGAAGGCGUUCUUAAAAAUUUUACUCCAGAUAUUCCCAAUAGCUUAUCAGGAAGACCAAGGCAGGAGGAUGCUCAGGAGUUUCUUAGUUUCAUCAUGGAUCAAAUGCAUUAUGAAUUACUUCAAUGUGAAGGACAAUCUGCUAGUAUUAACGCUGCCAAAUCUACUCUAGUGUCCUCAACGGAAGAUGAUGAAUGGGAGACUGUUGGCCCAAAAAAUAAAUCUGCAGUAACUAGAACGCAAAGAUUCAAUCCUUCAGAGCUAAGUGAUAUUUUUGGAGGACAGCUGAGAAGUGUUGUGAAAGCAAGAGGCGCAGGAAAUAAAGCUUCUGCAACUGUUCAACCAUUUCUGUUGCUUCACCUAGAUAUUUAUCCUGAAGCUGUUCAUACUAUUGAGGAUGCACUCCAUUUGUUCUCUGCACCAGAAAAUCUAGAAGGUUAUCGGACAUCGGCAAUGGGGAAGGCUGGUGUAGUGACUGCAAGAAAAUCUGUGAAGAUACAGACACUUCCUAAGAUAUUGAUUUUGCACCUGAUGCGUUUUAGUUAUGGAAGCCAAGGGAGCACCAAGUUGCACAAACUUGUGCACUUCCCUCUUGAAUUUGUUCUGGGUCGGGAACUACUUUUUUCUCCAUUGACUGAGAGCCGAAAAUACGAACUUGUUGCUACAGUCACUCAUCAUGGUUGGGAACCUUCAAAGGGUCAUUAUACCGCUGAUGCCCGCUCUCCCAACGGUCAAUGGCUGCGUUUUGAUGAUGCAUUUGUCUCUGCAAUUGGAACAAGCAAGGUGUUGCAUGACCAGGCCUAUGUCCUCUUCUACAAACAAGUAUAGGGUGUGGUGGAACGAAUUUUGAUUACGCCAUAUAAAAUUUUACAAACCUGUUACAGGAUUAGUAGAUAAGAUUAUCUGGUCAGCUGUUCGGCAACGAACUUGUCUGUUAGGAUUGAAAGGCCCAUUAACCGUCUUGUAUCAAGUCCCUGGGCCAAAAAGUCAAACUCACCUGGGGGAAAGCAAUUACUGCAGUGUUUUCUUAUUAUUAUUAAUUUUUCCUCACCUUCUCCUCCGUCUUCUUUCAGCUUUACAUCUACGAAUUCAACUGAUCUGUAAUUUACUAGGAUAAUCAAGUAAAUAUAUGGGAAGUUGUUGAUGUUCAAAGUA